GUCAUAUCUUGAACGCGACAAAAAUCAUAUCAUGAGGAGGAUUUUACUUGACGCAGAGAACCUGAAUGAAUGUCAAUUAAAAUGGGUGUUAUAUUUCUGGAACACAUUGGAGGCUCUCGACUAUUUUCUUGCGCAUCAUGUGAUACAAAUCUCACAAAUAGAGGCCAGCUGAUAAGUACACGUUUCACAGGGGCAACUGGUCGAGCCUUUCUUUUCAACAAAGUUGUCAACCUCAAUUACAGCGAAGUACAAGACAGAGUGAUGUUAACUGGACGACAUAUGGUGCGUGACGUCAGCUGCAAAAACUGUGACUCGAAGCUCGGAUGGAUCUACGAAUUCGCGACAGAUGAAAAUCAACGGUAUAAGGAGGGUCGCGUAAUCUUGGAACGAGCCCUUGUCUCAGAAAGCGAUGGAAUAGGCGACAAUGUGUAGACACUAAUAUUUUGUGCAGUACCAUAGUUUAUAAGAAACACUUUAUAUAAUGGUACUGCUGUCCUUUUUGAUUGGUUUUUCUUAAAUUACAUAGUUUUUUAUACUUUAAAGAUCGUUCACUAUUCCGAUUAAAAACCAAAACCUAGUUUUCAUAUCCAAUCCAAUUUUCUUGAAAUACCAUUACACCAUUAUACCCUUUUAUCACGUACUUGGAGAUUGUUAAUAUGUACUGGAAAAGGAAGUAGAUGCUAUCUAUAUACCAAUACUUCAAAGAAUUUAUCCAUUAGAAAUGUUGUAAUCACAUGAUAAUAAACACUUGUUGUUUAAAGAAA